GAUGCAUCUUAGAGAAGAGCAGAGGAAGCAACACUUUCAGCCGAGCUCGCAGUGACGCUGGAGAUCUACAGGUGUCGGUACUGCACCAGGCAGAGGAUGCAGCUGGUUGUCAUGGCAGCUGCGUUGGUGCUGGCGGAAGUGGGGCAGGUCUCCAGCUUUUCCUGUCAUCCCAAAAACGUCAGCAUCCCUGUGGAGAGCUGUGGCAUCAGCGGGUGCGUCCACACCACCAUAUGCGAAGGACGGUGCUACCAUGAGGAUCCCAACUACAUCAGCUAUGAAGACCACCCUAAAGAAAAGAUCUGCAGUGGGGACUGGUCCUACGAAGUUAAAUUCAUUGAGGGAUGUCCAGUGGGUUUCAAAUAUCCUGUGGCCAAAAGCUGCGAGUGCACUACAUGCAACACAAGAACCACAUACUGCGGCCGACUUUCUGCAGACAUGCCGAGCUGUUAAAGUGACCUUUUGUUUGCUUCAUGUGGUUAAAUUACCCUAAUGUCUUCAGCACUGAAAUAAAGAAACUGUGCCCCCCCU